UGUACUCGGAACUCCGCCGUCCGUGCUCGACUCUCAAGUAUACUACUGAUAUUUAAAGGAAUUUUCUAAUUUUUUUCUUCGGAGUUUGUGAUAUACAACAACUUUGAUUCCCUCAAGUUAGAGCUUACCGCAGACUGCUAUCUGCGUGACGGGGUGUGUGUUUGAGUCUUUCGAGAGACUGUAGCACCUCCUCCACCACAAACUCACCGCUGGAACCAUAUUUCUGCACAGCAUGACACAUUUUUCAGGAUUUGUGAGUUGAUAGCACCCUCCGCUUAAGUCUCUAAAUGAUUCCUCUAUUGACUGAAGAGUCUUCCUGAGUUCAAGUUCACAUCUGGACAAAGGCUUUCCUGCAGACUGAGAAAUAGCCUCCUGACAGCUCAUAAUGGCUUCCAUAGACCCAUACCAGUACAUCAUCGUGGAGCAGCAGUUUUCUCAUAAGUUGAGAGUGACGGUGGUGCGAGCUGAGAGUGUCACCAAGGGAGCACUGGGUGACCUGCUGGACACACCAGAUCCAUACGUGGAGCUGUUCAUCCCAACGGCCCCAGAGAGCAGAAAGAGAACCCGGCAUAUAGACAACGACAUCAACCCAGUGUGGGAUGAGACCUUUCACUUCAUCUUGGACCCCAACCAGCAGAACGUCCUGGAGCUAACAUUGAUGGAUGCCAAUUAUGUGAUGGAUGAGACACUUGGGACUUCAUCUUACGACAUUUCCAAGCUCAAAGUUGGCCAGACAGAGACAGUGCCUUUCCUUAUUGGCAAAGCAACCAAAGUCUACUUAGAGUUGUCCCUGGAGGUGUGUACCAACUUGGACUUGCGGUUCAGCCUGGCCCUGUGUGAAAAAGAGAAGCAGUACAGACAGAUGCGCAGAGAGAGGGUGAUGCUGGGAAUCAAGAAGCUGCUGGACAUGGAGAAACCUCGCUUCCUGCCCAGCGCUCCUCAGGAGGUUCCAGUGAUUGCCAUUGUGGGCUCAGGAGGUGGUUUCCGAGCCAUGGUGGGUUUCUCAGGAGUGAUGAAGGCCCUGUAUGAGUCAGGAGUCCUGGAUUGUGCCACCUACGUCGCUGGCCUUUCGGGGUCCACGUGGUACAUGUCCACUCUCUAUUCCCACCCAGAGUUUCCUACUAAGGGCCCUAAGGACAUUAACAAGGAGCUGAUGAAGAGUGUCAGCAGUAACCCGCUGAGGCUGCUUCUCCCCCAGCACAUCACCAACUACAUCCAGGCCCUGUGGACCAAGAAGGCCUCAGGGCAGCCCGUAACCUUCACAGACAUCUUCGGCAUGCUUAUUGGAGAGACGCUUAUACCUGCGAGGAUGGACACCAAGCUGAGUGAGAUUCAGGAGAAGGUGAACCAGGCCCAGAGUCCCCUUCCUCUCUUUACCUGUCUGCACGUCAAGCCUGAUGUCUCUGAGCUCAUGUUUGCAGACUGGGUGGAGUUCAGCCCAUAUGAAAUCGGGAUGGCUAAGUACGGCACCUUCAUGACCCCCGACCUGUUUGGCAGCAAGUUUUUCAUGGGAACUGUUGUGAAGAAAUAUGAGGAAAACCCACUCCACUUUCUUAUGGGUGUGUGGGGCAGCGCCUUCUCGAUCCUGUUCAACAGAGUGCUGGGGGUCAAAGACACGGCCGGAGGCAGCACAAUGGAAGAGGAGCUAGAGCAGAUCAAGCCUCAGCACAUUGUCGGAGAAGACAGCCUGGACAAUGACGAAGAGCCUCGCAAAGGAGGCACGGAGAACCAGGAGGCAGAGGAUGAGUUCCACCGACACGCUCAGGCCAGCUGGGUGCAGCGGAUGAUCACUUCCCUCUUCAGUGACUCCGCCUUGUUCAACACACGCGAGGGCCGGGCAGGGAAGGUGCAUAACUUCAUGCUGGGCCUGAACCUCAACACCGACAUCCCCUUCUCGCCCUUCAGUGACCUCAUGUGCCCGUCCACUGCACCAGAGGACGAGGUGGACGCCGUCACAGACCCAGACGAGUUUGAUCGUAUCUACGAGCCGCUGGAUGUCAAGAGUAAGAAGAUCCAUGUGGUGGACAGCGGGCUGACCUAUAACCUUCCCUACCCCCUCAUCCUGCGGCCGCAGCGCGGUGUCGACCUCAUCAUCUCCUUUGACUUCUCUGCACGACCCAGCGACUCCAGCCCGCCGUUUAAGGAGCUUCUGCUUGCAGAGAAAUGGGCUCGAAUGAAUAAGCUCCCCUUUCCUAAGAUCGACCCCAAAGUUUUUGACCGUGAAGGCCUGAAGGAAUGCUACGUCUUCAAACCAAAAAAAGGGGAAAGGAACUGCCCCACUGUCAUCCACUUUGUCCUGGUCAACAUCAACUUCAGGCAAUUCAAAGCGCCCGGGGUUCCUCGGGAGACGGAGAAGGAGAAGGAGCUGGCAGACUUCGACAUAUUUGACGACCCCGAGACGCCGUACUCGACGUUUAACUUCCAGUACUCCAACCAGGCGUUCACCCAGCUGCAUGACCUCAUGGAGUUUAACACUCUCAACAACAUAGAGGUGAUCAAAGAGGCGAUCAAGGACAGCAUCGUGUACAGGAAGGAGAACCCGUCGCGCUGCUCCAUGCCCCUCUCCCUCAGCGAGAUCCAGAAGAAGAAGUUCAUCAAGAGGGAGACUCGGGCAAAACCUUGGAAGUGAGUUUAGGCAGGAGCUUAACCUAAUCUGAAGACUUUGGAUGAGUGGGUGGUAGUGAUUUUCCUAGAUUAUAAACUGAAGCAUUUUCUUUUUGGAAAAGGCUGUCAUAUGUUUGUUUUUUUUUUUUUUUUUCUGUAGAAAUUCAAACAAGAGGAUUUGUUGAACUGUGUAUUUGAGAUAAACUCCUAGCAAUGUUUUUUUUUUUUGUUUUUUUUGUUAAAGACUCUAAAGUUUACCAGUUAAAGCCUAAGGAGUCCUGUACUGUACCCUCUUCUCAGCCAGACUUUCUUUGCAUAUCUAACGUGUGACUGUAGAACAUGCAAUGUGUCAUGUCUCUUGUUUUUGUUUUCUCACUGGAUGGCUCGUCAAAACAUGUAACCUUGUCGGAAAACAUGGAAGAGGAGCUCCUAACCAUUGGGUUUGUUUGAUGGCAACUCCUAAACACGCCAAGUGCACCCCCUCUGGAUACCUCAAACAUCUCAAUGAUGUUUACCCACCUACAGGGAAGGAGCACUCCCUGCUCCCCUGUAGGGAGUGUCUCGCAUGAAAGCCACCAUUUUGAAAAACAAGACUCGGUGCCAUGGAAACGGCCCCCUCUCUCCUGCCUAUCACUGUCAUGCGUAGCUCUCCAUCAGGGUAACCGAGUGUUUAUUUUCCUGACCGUGUUAUUUCAGGCUGCGCUUUAGAUAUAGGCACGGCUUGUUUUUGUCAAAGUCAUUUCCUUCCCUCAUAAACCCGGCUAGUUAUAACACUCCUCAGCCCCUCGCUACUGCAAGUGGAGCUGAGGUUAAGGGGGAGGGGAGGUUUGGGUGGGGUGGCGAGUGCGUGGCGUGAUCACGGCAUCCACUUGCAGCUUAACGGCAGCUCUCGGCGGCGCUCAGUGGAAUUUUACACACUACACCUACACCUGCAGCACUAGAGGCCUGGAAUCUGACACACUACACCUACACCUGCGGGGGCCCGAAGGCUGCACAGAGAGCAGUGGAAUUUUACACUGAGGCACUGCCGACCCUUGCAGGCUUACCUUUCAGCCCCACUUGGUUUUUUAAGAAACUCAGAAAACCGGUGGCGCGCCGUUUUCCUGCAGUGGACGACGGCUGCCGAUUGAUACAGCUCGGCUUUUUUUUUUUUUUGCCUUUGUUGAAUAUUUGUUUCGUUUUUACAUUUUUAACUUUUCUCUUUGUUUAUGGUUCACAAAAUUCUCUCAGUUCAGACUUGAAUUCGCACCCAAAGCUGCGUGCAAUGAAACAAGCAAUGCCCAUCCUAUGAAGACAUCUCAUUUUGAAACUCUGAUCCUGUGAUUUGUGAUGUAUCGUGAUGACAGUCUCAUGAUACACUAUGUUCUGUUUUUGCUUUCUAAUUUAGGUUUUUGGAACAUAGAAUAUGUACAACGGCUUUAGCAAAAUAUAAAUUUUUUUGUUUAUUUUCUUGCCAGUAUAUUGCAGUUUUUAAUUAUCUUUGACAAUGUUUACAGAUGCUUAAAGGCAGUCAGUGCAAGGGGACCAGGUUGUGUACAUAAACACUCCUGUGAACAUUAUCUGUUUGUUGUUUUAAAUGAUAAAUCAUACUACACACAAUGUUUAUGUGCAUUGUAAACACAAUCAAAUAAAUGGAGGAAGAAAA